AUGUUUCAUAUGGGGAAGUGCAUGAAGCCACACAGGAGCUUCGCCGUGGUGUGCUACGAUUUCCGAGAGUUUGGUGGCCUUAUUUCAGUAGCAUAUGUGACAGUCAGCAGCUUCUCUGACAUAAUUGAUGUGUUUUUCUGCAACAUUGCCCUUGCCGAUGCUGACAUGCACGUCAAAUUCUUGUAUCCGCUCGUGGCCCACUUUGUGAACGCCACUGAUUACACCGAGGCGCAUAGCCUUUUAGCUCUUCUCUCUUCGUGCAACAGGAAAUUCUUAUCAGAGCCUCCUACGCGGCACCGUGGCAAUUCGUCAGGGCUCACAGCCAGGAUGCCUCAGGCGGCAGAAAUGUCGCUGUAUGGACCGGAGAUGGUCGAGACUAGUAUAUCCCUAAAUGGUCUGUACGAAUACGAGCCUUUGCCAAGCAAAACCCACACUCGCCUCUUGAUCCUCAGCCAUGGCACAGGCGAAGACAUUCUGAUCGGCAACAUCAAGACGGUUGACCUCGACGCCUCAGACCUGGACUCGUUUGAGGCGAUAUCCUAUGUCUGGGGCUCGGAUGAAAAGGAGCAGUCAAUCCUCAUCGACGGGAGGCCUUUGCCGAUCACGAACAGCUUGAGAGAGGCGCUUCUUCAAACGAGGCUCCCAGAGAAGCCUCGCACUCUAUGGGCUGAUUCCAUCUGCAUCAAUCAGGAUGACACCAUCGAAAAAGGUCAUCAAGUCUUCGCUAUGGGCCGCAUUUACAAGGCGUCUCGCCGAACACUCAUAUGUCUCGGACUCGAACCGCAUCAUGCAGAAAAGGCUCGCGAAGCUGCCGCACUGAUAAAUGAGGUCGCGGCCAUGAUCGAGGACAUUCUGCGAGACCUAGCGUUCACAGACGAAUAUGAUACCUUCCCCUGGCCCUCAGAAGAUGACCCACUUGUGGUUGAUACCAGAUGGUUGUCAGCCCGGGAAUUUCUGGUUCGCCACCUGUGGUUUGAACCUCCUUCGCGGCGAUCAGAACUGGAACCACUCACUGACAUCCGCGCACUCCAUUCGAAUAAUUUCAAUCUCCGUCGACGAGAAGAAGCCCGGGCUUUCGUGGACCAAAGCUUGGAAUCGAAUAAUCAAGCCAGUACCACGCUCUCACUUCUGCAGAACGCCCGGAGGAUGAAGCUCACAGACCCAAGAGAUAGAAUCUACGCGUUCAUGGCUCUGGAGACCCGGGACGGAGUAAUGGCGGGGUUGAAUCUCCAGCCAGAUUAUGCGCGGCCGCACCAAGAGGUCUUCUACGAAUUUGCCGUCAGGUACCUUGAAAGGACUUCAGACUUGAAGAUUCUGACUCACGUGGAUCAUGAGGAGGAGGGCCUGAAUAGACUCUCUGGCGUGCCUUCCUGGGUCCCACAAUGGGACAACGGGGCGAAUGCCGCCCCCCUUCACUCUCACGACUUCUGUGAACCAUUCUUUUUCAGCAACCAGCAACCUGGCAUCACAAAUAUAAUAGACGGAUCUGAACUUCGACUACGAGGGGUGCUUGUAGGCCCUGUUCGGUAUGCAUCCAGGAGAAUUGUGAAGAACCUCGAUGAUCCAACUGCAGAAGUGCUUACAUUGUGGUGGGAGGUCAUGGCAGAAAUGAUCAAGGGCUCAGGGCCGCUCAAGGAACAUCUGGCGCUUGCUUUCAUUGACGCAAUCUGCGUUGGGCGGUUCAGGGGUGAAGAGGCAGCGUGGAAGGAGGCUGAAAAAGGGUUGGCACGAUAUCUGGAGCUCAACAAAGAUGCAGACCAAUUGCAGAAAUCCCUGCAAGAUCCUCGAAUCUAUCAAGACGCUCACAGGGUCUUGCUUUUGGCUAUCGACCGUUCGGACAAUAGACGUGUUGUUGUCUUGCAGCAAGGUUUUAUCGGAGUCACUUCAGCUGCUGCUCGCCAAGGUGAUCUGUGCGCUUUCAUCAGUGGGUUAUGCUGCCCACUCAUCCUACGCCCUGUAUCUGGCAAAGCUGAUCAUUACAUGCUUGUUGGAAACGCGUAUGUUGUUCGUGGAACGUUUGUAGCCGAUGGCGAGGUCUCCACUCUGCGUUUGCAUGAAGACCACGAGGACUGGAUUGAGGAGUAUCUACCAGCCCAGAAUAUCAUUCUCGUGUAG